AUGCCUCAAACAGAUGCAAAAUCCUGCAACUUCUGUAAUUCUACAAUUUCCACCAUCUGUAACGUAAGGAGCGGCUACGUCAUCUGUUCCUGCGCUGCUGGCUACAUUGGAAAUGGGGUGGACUGCACGAGGAUGGUAUUCUGUGAUAAAUACAAGUGCUGUCCUAAGGGAUAUAACUGGGACUUGAAUAAGAAGUUAUGUGUGGAUAUCAACGAAUGUCUAAGCCCAACUCUGAACACGUGUUCCCCAACAGAGACCUGCAACAACCUCAAUGGUAUUUACCUCUGUGUUCCCAACCCCUCGGCCCUCUGCUCCGGCACAGCUUGCUCCAGCGACCAGGACUGUCUGCAAAUAAAUGGCAAAUAUCAAUGUGCUGAUCCCUGUGACUGGUAUUCUCUGCUGAAUGGGGACGAUAGAUUGUCCUCCAUUGAUUCCGCUGGCAGAUUCAGCACUGACAGAUACAACUUUGGAUGGUUCCGUUAUGUUGGGAAAAACACUGCCAGCUUGAAAGUUGGAACCGUGGGGCCCUUAAAAUGUGGCUCCCUUGAACCAUUUUCUCUUAGGGACGUUCAUCCAAAUAUUGGUGAUGGGAUCAAGUUGCUGCCCUUAAUCAGCAAUUCCCUGAGGGGAACUAUAAAUGCUGGUAAUCUUCCAGUGAAGGCCUGCCCCAAAGGAUACUACGUGUACAAGUUCUCAGGAAUGCUCAAGCAUGAUGUCUACUGCACAGGUAAGACCUCAGCACACCUGUAUGUAUGA